AUGAGAUUAACAGGAAUUUUGUACGGGAAACGCAUACGUCAUGACAAACUCCAGUUUUUAACCAAUCGUUAUUGGCGUAAGGUGGGUUCUAAAUUGUCAGUUGACUGUUUACGUGUUCCUGAACAAAUUUUAAAUGAUUCAAACAGUCCUAUAAAAGAAGCGGAAAACAUGUUCAGAUCAACCAGAUAUGAUGAUGAUCUGUUAAAAGAGAUUGAAAUUGGAAUCACUUCAGAUGAGGCGUAUGAAAUAGAACAGCAAAGAGCUAAAAAAUUACAGUCUUUUAAUCCUCUUUACGACGAUCCUCGUUUCCAUCAAAACUCUGAAUCAUCUUUGGUCUUUUCUCAGAAACGGCGCUUUUCAAAGGGUGUGGAUCAAGCGAGUCUUCUCACAAACACUGCUGUUGCGUUCGCUGCUCCACCUACUCUGAACAAUCUUAUUCAAAAGAUAGGCCGGAUAAAUGAACAAGUAAAUUCAGAUAACUCGACUGCGGAUUGGAGAUCUUACUUACGCUUGGCUAUUGAACGCUCAGUUUUACAUGCUCAUGUUUGGCAAACAGAUGAAACUAAAUUACCCAAGCGAUUUCGUCAUAACUUACCUAUUUGGAAGCAUAAACCAGAGUUCGGCAUUCACCCAGAACAAAGUACUCGUUACUUGUUUCAAAAUUUAUUUCGCAUAUUAGAAUUUCAGAUACCUCAUUACAUUAAGUAUGCGGAAUUAUCUCCUGUUCAAAAUAAGCUGUCUAACAACUUACCCUGUCGAUGGACAACGCGAGAUCGAUUGCUGGAAACAUAUUAUUACUGGGGUCCACAAAAACGUCGCAUCAGUUUUUCUGAAGAACAUGAUCUGGUGGUAUUUGGACAAACACCUGCGCCUGUGUUCGUAUCUGACAUCAAUACUAUUCAGAAAGCUAGUGAAGCAGCUACAAUGCCUGUUAAAAGUCUUGGCCCUAUGUCGCCUUUAAUAGAUCUAACCAGUACUUUGUAUUACAUGGAUAAUAGUACAAAUGGUUGGAUUGGUAAUCAGACUCGUCGAUAUUCAUUUCCGCAUAUUUUCACAGUUAACUUCAGCUUGCCUAAUGUAUGGUCAGAUUAUUUAGAACCAGAAGCAGAUCCUGUUGUUCCAGAGCACCGAUAUGCAGUAGCGUUGAUGAACUGUUUUGCAUCUGCUGUCGCUCAAGCUCGUUCAAUGGGGAUCAACUCAGGCGUUCUCGAUGUACCCAUCUCGGUUCAGUGUGUCUGCUCAGAUGGUGUAUAUUUUGAUUUUAUCACAUUUCAGUUGAACAACAUGGAUGUACCUGAUUAUCAAUCUGACCCCCAGGCUGUUAGUACUGUACGUAAAAACUUUGCAUGGAUUGAUGGAAACUAUCGUCUGUUUAAGAAGAUGAUACCGAAGCGAAGUAUGCUGCGCAACACAAAGUAUCGUGAUUUCGAUAUGAGCGUUUUUGAUCGUCUGACGAGUUACUAUCUAUGUGGAAUGCUUGACACUUCUUUCACAUUACCUGAAACAUUACUUCCCAAAUGGAAUGUAAAUAGACAAGAGGUACUAUAA